GCCACAGCUAAUACAGCUCCCCAACUGACUUGGCGGGAACGGUUAGCGUCGAUUCCGACGUGCAGCGUUUAUGCCCCGCCUUCCAGCGGAAAAGACGGCUUUGGUGUUCGAUCAGAUGAGCAACGGCAACGGGUGCGUGAUUGUUUAGUUUUGAGCACAAAAUAUACCAAGGAUUUGAGUAAAAUGAGUGAACGAAAAGGACAUCAUACUGUUUGUGCAGUUAAAAGCUGUUUUAAUAAGGGUUACAACUCCAAGAAAAAAUUCUUUCGUUUUCCCAAGGAACCAAACUGGGCUAGGAUAUGGGCAAUGAAAGCCAAUCGGGAGGAAUUAGUGACAAAACUGGAUGACCUACAUAAUAAUUAUAUGCUAUGCGAGUCAUUUUGAAGAUAGAAUGUUCACCAGUCGUCUUCACACACGAUUAGUAGCCACUGCAUAUCCUACCCUAUUUCCAUCAUUGGAAGGAAGUUCUAAAGCUGGUAUAGAUGAACAUUCUUAUAGUGCACCCUUGCUACUUCCUGCAAAAAUAAGAGUCCUGGAUAACAGAGUUUUGGUUCCAGGUGUUACACAAACUGAUUCAGCUGAUUAUCAGACCGAAGAUCAGACACUUGAGACCGAGACCGAAACCGAGGUCCAAAAUGAAUUCAGUCCUGUGGAAAGUCCGCCUUUGAUGUCUCCAACAUCUACACAAACUUUAGCCAGUUUAACUCAGAACUCCCCAAGGAAAGUCAAAUAUAGGCAGAAUAUUAAGGCAUUACAGGCAGAGAACAAAUAUUUACGAGAACGGGUUCAAGUACUCGAAAGUAAAUUAAAUAAUCAAUUGGAUAAUAUAUCUCUUGAACAAUAUAUGUCUUUAACAUUCAAAUUUUGUAAUUCUGUAGACACUGCUAAAUGUAUAAAUAUGCAAAUAGCACAGGGGUGUAAACAUCCAAAGGACCAUUCAGUUCAGUUCAGAUCAGACAGUGUUAUAUGUGUUGUGAUUCAGACUAUUCAGUUCAGAGUUGAAGGUUGA